AUGGCUUCGACUCAGUACACCAACAACCUCCUCAGAUGCGUCACCCGCAAAGAAGUCUGCAAGUCAUUUGGUAUAAAACUAUCAACAAAUCCUCAAAUCGUUCAAACAGCUCGACAUGCCGGUUUUGACUCUCUCUUUAUCGAUCUCGAACAUGCCUGGUUGACGCUUGCUGAGGCAAGCAAUCUAUGCAACAUCGGCCAUCUCGCAGGCAUUACUCCAUUCGUCAGAGUCCCUCAUCAAUGUGGCAAUGGUUUCGUUCAACGGGUGCUUGAUGGAGGUGCCAUGGGUGUGAUAUUUCCUCACAUUGAAAGCGCAGACGAAGCAAAGGCAGCCGUGAAAAUCUCCAAGUACCCUCCUCAUGGAUGCCGCUCAAUGACAGGCGCCAUGCCUCUAUUCAACAUGCGACCAACACCUCUAAACGAAGCAAUUGGGUUUGGCAACAACUCGGGAUCAACAGUCUUUGCAAUGAUCGAGAGCAAAAACGCUGUCAACAACUCUGAAGAAAUCGCAGCAGUUGAUGGCGUCGACGUCCUUCUAGUUGGAUCAUUUGACCUGAGCAUUGACCUAGGAGUUGGUGGCAACUGGGACAGCAAGGAAUACAGAACUUCAAUGGAAAAGGUCAGCCAAGUGUGCCGAAAGCACAACAAGAUCUUUGGAGUUGCAGGUGUCUAUGAUAACCCCACACUUCACGAGUGGUUCAUCAACACUCUGGGUGCUCGGUUCAUGCUUGUUCAGCAAGAUCUGUCUUUGAUAGCCGGCGGAGGACAGAGAGCUGUUAGAGCCAUACCCCCAGUGCGUCUGUGA